AUGGAAUCAAUCACUAAAAACUUUAAUGAUGCACACUUGGAUAGCAUAAACUCAAAUUAUUCGACUGCAGAAACUCAAAGCCACACUUCUCAUGAAGAAGACAAUGAAUUGUCAGCGUCUGAAAAAUCAUUAUUGCAGAAAAUUGUACGCACGGGUCUUAUAACAUCUAAACAUGACAUUGAGGUGCAAAGACGGGACCCAAAAUCACCAUUAUAUUCAAUCAAAUCAUUUGAGUUACUUGAACUUCAUCCAAAUUUGCUUAAAGGAGUUUAUGAAAUGGGUUAUAAUGCACCUUCAAAGAUACAAGAAACUGCAUUGCCUUUACUCUUGGCCAAUCCGCCUCAAAAUUUGAUUGCACAGUCACAGUCAGGUACUGGAAAAACAGCAGCAUUUGUUUUGGCAAUGUUAAGUAGAGUUGAUCCGGAAUUUCAGUAUCCACAGGUAAUUUGUUUGUCUCCCACAUAUGAAUUGACUAUUCAAACGGGGGAAGUUAUAGCAAAAAUGUCUAUCUACUGUCCCAACAUUAAGCUAAGGUAUGCUGUUCGUGGUGAAAAUGUUGAAAAAGGUUCUAAAAUAGAGGAACAUAUAAUUGUGGGUACACCUGGAAAAGUUUUGGAUUGGGCAACUAAGUUCAAAUUUUUUAACCCAAAAAAUAUUAAAGUAUUUGUGUUAGACGAAGCUGAUAUUAUGGUUGACACCCAAGGUCAUCAAGAUCAAAGUUUCCGCAUUAGAAGGUUACUACCAGAAACAUGUCAAAUGAUGUUUUUUUCGGCAACAUAUACAGAAGAUGUCAUGAGGUUUGCCAAUGCUAUUGCACCUGAGUCUGUCAUCAUAAAAUUAAAACGCGAAGAAGAAACAUUAGAUAAUAUCAGACAAUACUAUGUGAACUGCAACAAUAAAGAAGAUAAAUACAAUGCAUUAGUUAAUAUUUAUGGAGGAGUGACUAUUGGACAAGCUAUGAUCUUUUGUCAGACAAAAAAAAUGGCUUUAUGGUUAAUUAAUCAAAUGGCAGAACAAGGACACGCUGUAGCUUUAUUGUCUGGUGAACUCACAAUCGAACAAAGAAUAUCUGUUUUGGACCGUUUCCGCGAAGGAAAAGAAAAAGUUUUGGUUACUACAAACGUAUUGUCUAGAGGUAUUGAUAUUGAGCAGGUCACAAUUGUUAUUAAUUUUGAUUUGCCUGUGACAGUCACUCGCGGUCCUGAUUAUGAUACAUAUUUACACAGAAUCGGACGUACUGGUCGUUUUGGUAAAAAAGGUAUUGCUAUUAACCUUGUAAGUGGUAUUUUGGAUCACGUUGUAUUGAAAAAAAUUGAAGAACAUUUUUGUAAACCUAUUGAAUGUUUAAAUACCGACAAUGCAGAUGACAUGGAAAAAUUGGGAGCCGAAGAUUGA